AUGGCACCGUCGCAGGGCGAAGUCCCUCCCCUCCCGGCCUCGGCCGAGGAGGUAAAGGACUCAGACACUCUUGUUCAAGUGUUGAAUAAACUAACCAGCUGCAUUACCACCGCGGUCAAUGAGGGCAAGAGCGUGACCGCGGCGAAUAAGAGGUUAAUUAGUCUUGCUGCAGAGGAAAUUCGCAGAGCUGGACGUGUUUUUACUCACCUUGUUCCUGCGUCCAGCACUAGCUCAUCAGCCUCUAAUAGCGAGCUGAAAGAGGAAAUUUUAGCAUGCGUGAGAGAGGAGAUCGCAGGCGUGAAAAAAUUGGUCACGGCAAAUAGACCUACGUAUGCGCAGGCAGCGGCGGUGGCUCGAGGAGCCUCAAUGUCAACAUCUUCAGCGGGAGGGCUCGCCCCCCGCACCGCAACACCACCCACUUCAAAGCCCGCUAUUAUUGUCACCGCGGCCAAGGAAAUAAAAACGCGUCAGGAGGCAGUUGAGUUAUUUAGAAAGAGCAUAUCAUACAGAAACUCCACUUAUGCUCCGGUCAGGGUACAACCGGUAUCAAACAAUAAACUGCGCGUAGAGUUUGAUAACAUUUCACAAAGGGACGACACACUCACCAGGCUUGAAAAAAGUAAAGACGUGAAAGCAGAACCUGUGCGCAUGCUUAAGCCCAUGGUCAUCUUGAAGGGCAUCUCCAAGGAUGUUCCUUCGGAGGACUUAGUUAAAUUAAUUAGCACACAAAAUCCAGAGCUAUCCCAUCUGAUUGACGGCGAGGGCUGUGACGAUGAGAGCUUCCGACUCCGCUUCAAACGAGGUAAUCGCAAUAGUAAUCUAUAUAACGCGGUGUUCCUGGCUGAGGCCAAGGUCUAUCGUAAGAUCCUUGACUUGGGGAGGGUUUGUGUGGAUCAUCAGAGAAUAACUGUGGACAGCUUCUCUCCUUUCUUGCAGUGCCACAAGUGCCUGCAGUUCGGGCACAUGAAGUCCAAAUGCACUGCCACUGAAAGUCCUUGCUCGCACUGUGCCAGCACCGACCAUCAGGUGGACAAUUGCCCCGUAAAAAAUAAUCCCAACAGCGUCAAGUGUUAUAACUGCUUAUCUCACAAUGCCAGAUUUAAAUCCAACCAAGACUGCAAACAUACAGCCAACUCCGAUAAAUGCCCCAGACUGCGAGCCAUGAAGGAUAAAAUAAUUCAACGAGUCGACUAUGGAUUUACGCCAUAA